ACCUGCCAAACCCCGCCGACCUUUGUACGGACCUGCCCCCAUCCCGGCCCGAAGUGGUACGAGCUAACGUCGCUCAGUGUUUACUCUCGCCAUAUCAGCACGUAACCUCCUCAUUACUGUAAAUAUCAGCCUGGAACAUGCCAUAGCUAACAGGUAUCCUCGGUACAGGUACAAGGAAGAUGGCUUCUAGUCGCUUCUUUCUUCUUUUUGUCACCAGCGCAACUCUUUUAGGCACACACCACGCCGUGGAAGCUGCUCUCACGGCAGACUGUAACUUCGACACGAGCCUGUGCGGCUGGACUCAGGACGACACUGACGACUUCGACUGGAGACAACAGUCCGGGGGGACCUCAACGUCCAAUACCGGGCCUUCUGAUGACGUCACGGGAGGAGGGCAAUACAUGUACACCGAGAUAUCCGGUAUCCGGGAUGGAAAGAAAGCAAGACUGUUAUCACCUCUCCUCUCAACUUCCACAACCUCCUGCUACACUCUGAGCUUCUACUACCACAUGUACGGCACCCACAUCGGAACCCUCAACGUCUACGUCAUCCAAGAUGGCGUCUCCUUGGACUCUACUGCGCCUGCGUGGUCGCUGUCAGAUGACCAGGGUGACGUGUGGCACGAGGUUGAGGUGGUCAUUUCGAGGACACAACCUUAUAGGAUAAUCUUUGAAGCCAUUAAAAGAGGAACAACAUCAUAUAGGGGCGACAUGGCCAUUGACGAGAUCAAGUUUCUGCCGAGGUCUUGUGUUGGAGACACAGAUGAAUGCGCGAGUUCGCCCUGUUUGAACGGCGGAACUUGUCUGGACCUUACUAACCGGUAUGACUGCGCAUGCCUACCGGGUUUCAUUGGCCAACAGUGUGAAGAAGAGAGAAGUGGUUGUGACUUUGACACCGACGUCUGCGACUUCGAACAAAAUCAAGAUGACGACUUCGACUGGACGCUCCAAGCGGGCAGCACGGGAAGUGCAGGCACCGGACCGUCCGCCGAUCACACCAGCGGGACCGGUCAGUACAUCUUCAUUGAAACGUCAUCACCUCGCCAGACGGGUCAGGUCGCCCGGAUCUCCACCCACCCGAUAUACGUGACGUCACCGAUCUGCGUGUCGUUCUACUACCACAUGUACGGCCGCGGGAUCGGCACGCUGAACGUGGUGGUGGCAGAGACGAGCCAGCCCGCCGGCCGGACCGUCUGGAGCGAGACCGGGGACAAGGGCGACGUCUGGCUGCAGGGGCAGUUCGCCGUGGACGCGGCGGUGGGAGGAGGUGAAAGGACCGCGCAGAUUACCUUUGAAGCAGUCAUUGGAAGGGUUGGAUUCGGAGAUAUCGCCAUAGACGACGUGGCGUACAUCAGAGGACCAUGCCCUACGCAAGAGCCCUUGCCUACCACUACGCCCUUGACAACACCAUCGAGACGACCGACAACCAGACCGCCACCACAAACAACCACCACUCACAAACCAACCACUACUACUCACAAGGCAACGGCAGCCACCGAUGGCGGGAAGCCUUUGGACGACAGGACCAGCAAAAUGCCUUCCAUACAGCAGAAAACGACGACUCUUCCCUCACCGACUAGUUCCACUGGACAAUCCGUGACAAACAAAAACACCACGGCCGCCAUAGUGGGAGGUAUGGUGGGAGGGGUGGGCGCCAUAGUGUUGGUUGUUAUCGUCGUUUGGGUGAUACUGUACAAGACGGGCCGCAUCAGCUCUAAAGAGAAGUUCCUGCACCUUACGGGCAUGCAGGGAAACGUAACCUACGACGUCAAAUCGAUGACGUCAUCCGAGGGAGGGUUCGAUAACCCCGUCUACGGCAACGGUUUGGAUGUAAAGAGUACCGGUACCGAGGACCCGUCGGUUUGAUGACAAUAACUUCAACUCACUUCGGUUCAAUUUGGUCAAACAACAGAGCAUAAAACGACAUAGCAUCAAAGAAGAGCGUUGGUAUAUGUUUUAUGCGAUCCUCUGACGACUUGGAUUUGGACUAGAUACAAAUUGUUUGCGGAUCCACGCCUGAGGCGUUGCCAAAACCGUCACCUGAGAAUUUCAGCUUUCACUGCAAGAGUAGAAAGUGCAAUGGCAAUGCAGUAAAGCGCAAAUACUUUCCACUAUAUAGGAACAGACCUGUAAAGAAGCAUUUAAUAGUAUAGUGAGAAACCAAGAGAAAAGUGUAAAAGAUCCAUACAGUUUAAUAAACUGAUACACCUUC